GAAAGUAAACAAGUUUGUAAAUAUUUUUGGUAUUUAUCAUGUAAUUUAUAAAGUGUAAUUACAAAAAUUAAUUCAAAUGUCAGUGAUAAAAGUUAUUUAAAAAUUAUAAAUUAAUAAAUAAAGUGAGUGAUUAAUCAAAAUGCCUCCGAUAAAAAAAAUGAAAAGUAACAACGGAUGGCUGGACCUGGACAUGGAUUUCAGUCCAAGUGACCCACCACCGCGGAAGGAGACCAAGAAGCCCAGACAGGAGCCAAUGGACCUAGAUUACAUUGACACUCUGACAGUGACCAGACGCAAAGACCAAACCAGCAGUCUAGCGACACUUCUUGAAGCCUGUGAUCCCCAGAAGUCAUCAGAGUUAGCCGUCAGUAAGCAGAAGCAGAACGAACUGUCAGAUUGGCUGACAGAGAAGGCUCUGCCCGGUGUCCCACGAAUCCUCGUGCUCUCCGGACCCUCUGGUUGUGGAAAAACAGCAGCCCUGAAGGUCCUCGCCAAGGAGAACAAGUUCGACAUCAUCGAGUGGAUCACUCCCUCCGACUCGGCUGCUAACAUCAACGACAAUUACAUGACAAUCAAGCAAGCUGAUAAAUUUUCCGAUUUUUUUAUCCGCGCUACCAGAUACAACUCAGUUCUGAGCAACCAAUCAAACCGCAAGCUCCUGCUGGUCAAAGACAUUCCAAAUGUUUAUUUUUUUGACAAGCAAAGCUUCUACGAUUUACUAACGCAGUAUUACGAACUUGGAACCCAUCCCCUGGUAUUUAUUUGUCCAGACUCGGAAGCCAGCAGAGUCCAGCAGUCGCUAUUCCCAGCUGAAAUAGUUGACCAGUAUGACAUUGACAAAAUAAACGUCAACGCGACGACUCCUGCGGCAAUGAAGAACAUGCUGAAGCGGGUCACCGCGAUCCUCAACGCGAAAGCCAGACACAUGUUGCACGUAACCCAGCACAAUAUUGACGAAGUCUUGUCCAACAGCAUCGGCGAUGUCCGCAGCACGUUGCUGAAUGUCAUCUUCACUUCUCUUAAAGUUCCCGGUCGACAAGCGACCAGUCACUGCGAGCUCCGCGAAGAAAGUCUGGGUCUCCUGCAUGGCGUCGGGAGAGUGAUCAACCCCAAACGCGAACCUAGUGACAAAGCACCAGGGUCCUGGAAGUUCGUUCACGAUCCCGAUGACAUCGCCUCGUACUUCCAGUCCCAUGCCAGUGUCUUCCUGCACUUUUUGCAUGAAAAUUAUCUGAACACUAUGGAAAAAAUAGAGUACGUUGAUGUCGCGUCAGAUAUUAUGAGUUUGUCUGACACUUUGUUCAGUGAAUGGCGGGAUCCAAAUCUCACUAAAUUAAAUUUAUCACUUUGUAUCCGUGGGUUGAUGGUCAGCAAUGAGACUCCUGUGUUACGAUGGAAUCCCGUACGCAAACCAAAAUCAACUGAAACUAAACAUCAAAGAGACCUGAAUGUCGCCGAAGAACGUUACUACAGAUCAAUAAUACGCCCAAAGGCUGUAAAAGAUCCACCGAACCUAGAGACCAUCAUCGAAGCAGUCGAUUAAAUUCCCAAAAAGUAAACCCAUCAGUAAUUAUAUUUUUUAUCAGCAUUAAGUCACCAAUUAAUCAAAAAAAUUAUAAAUAAAUUAUUUACCAGUAUUUUAAAAA